CCAAUGGUUCUGGGAAUAACAUUGACUGGUGCUGUUCUGACUCUAAUGAUAGUCGGUGUAUUUUUUUGCAGGAGAAGGCAAACAUCAGUUUUCAGUAGAUUGUCGGCCUCUUUUGGAAUACGUGAAAACACGCCAAUUUAUGUCGUACCUGAUAACCGAAACGGGAACCGAGACAGGUCAGAUGAGUACAUGCCACUGAAACAUAUUCAAAGUCAACGUUCACAUGAUGCACUUCCCUCUACCCCUUCCUCUGAGGCCUUGUAUGAGGAUAUUGAUGCAGUGCCAGAAGUGGGAACCUACGCUAACAUGCCGUCUGUCGAAAACACACAUACGCCCAUCGUUCUCGACCAACUUAUCACAUAUGUGACAAAGAAGACUAAUUCAGAGUCUGGUUUUAAGGAAGAUUUCCAAGCAAGUUUUGUUGUUCUCCUCUUUUUAUUCACCACCCUGUAACCCUUACA